UUGAGUCAGUUCACCUCACGUUUUAUCAGUGCAUAUGCACAGCACCCGUACGGCGGAUUCUAGUCCUUGUGGCCCCAUGGCAAAGUACACUCUGCAUUACUUCAAUCUUCGAGGCAGAGCCGAGCUCACCCGACUCAUCUUCGCCGCGGCCGGUGUGGAGUACACGGACCACCGCAUGACAGGAGCCGAAUGGCAAGAGCUCAAGUCACAGGCGCCAACUGGCCAACUUCCAUGCAUGGAAAUUGAGAUUGACGGGAAGACAGUUUGGCUGGGGCAGAGCAUGGCAAUAGCUCGUUAUAUUGCGCGUGAACACCGCUUAGCAGGAAAUACCAGCUUAGAGAAGGCCAGAGCGGAUUCUAUAGUAGACAGUACGGUGGACCUAUUUGCUGAGCUGUUAAAGCAGUUCUUAGAAAAGGACGAGGCGAAAAAGAAUGAAAUCCAGAAGAGAUUAGACUCAGAGGUUUUGCCCAAGUACUUGUCUAUGUUUAGUAAACUACUGACUGGAAACCAAAAUGGAGGUGAUUACUUUGUUGGAGAUCAGCUCACGUGGGCAGAUCUUGCUGUAUUCAACAUUUUAUUCAGUCCUUUGAAGUCAAAUCCGAAAUUAUUGGAUGAUUACCCUAAACUGAAAGCUAACAGAGCCAAAGUUUCCGAGAAUGCCGGUGUCACGAAACAUGUUGAAACUCGUCCAGAAACUUCCUUUGAAAACAUGGUGAAUUACAAACUGACAUACUUUGCGGCGCGUGGACGAGCUGAACUCAUUCGGCUUAUCUUCCACGCUGGCGGAGUCAAGUUUGUGGAUGAGCGAAUCGAAGGCAAAGACUGGCCCGCCUUAAAACCAAAAAUCCCCCACGGAGCGCUCCCAGCGCUGGAGAUGGACGGUCAAGUUUUCGGCCAGAGCAUCGCUAUUGCCAGAUACGUGGCGCGGCAAGUUGGAUUGGCGGGGAAAACGCCGAUAGAAGAGUUCAGGGCGGACGAACUCGUAGACACCGUUACUGACUUUGGUCAGGCGUACAUUAAAGUACGCUUCGAAAAGGAUGAGGCGAAAAAGGCAGAGUUAAAGAAGGAUUUUCAAGCCAAUACAGUGCCCAAUUUUAUCUCAAAGCUUUCAAAUUUGCUGAAAUCCAGCGGGGACUUUUUCAUUGGUAAAAUCCACCCUCCGUUGGGAGCUUCCUCUAGAGAUCAUCCACAAGGACCAUCUCCAGCGACCCACGGACCGUCCGUGGAGACAAUUCGUGUGGACUGUGUCUCCAGAUGCUUAUUUGUCUUCUUCCAGAGGCCAUCCGUGAGGACUGUGUCCCCAGACGCUUAUUUGCCUGGUCCUCCAGAGACCAUCCGCGGGAACCGUCCUCCAGAGACAAUCCGUGGGGACCUUUCUCCUGUGACCAUCCGUGGGGACCGUCCUCUAGAGACUAUUCGUGGGGACCAUCCUCUAGAGACCAUCAAUGGGAGCCGUCCGUCAGAGACCAUCCAUGGGGACUGUCCUUCAUAG